AAUAGUCCCUCCACCCACUUCCUCAAUUGCACCUCUUUUAUUGUACCUCGUACUUUCUCUUUAAUCGUACCUGCACCUAACUUUAUAUAAUAUCGUAAAAAUAAUCCAAUCAGCUGAUUGAAUUCUAAUCUUAUUAAAUCGAUAGUAAAUAGUUUCCUAUUCGAUUCGAAACUUUACGUUUAUGUUCAUCCACGUUGUAGUGUUUCUUUCGAAACCUGCAAGACGCCACACGGUGGGGGUGCUCCACGUCAAAAAGUAAAACAGAGCAUAACAGUUUCUUUUUCUUACGCGUUGAUCAGUUUCAGAGUUUAAACAAGCGAAAAUAAGGACAAUGGCCGACGUGCAAAUCGAGAUCGCAGGUGACAUGCAAAUACCCCAACAAAAGCAAAAAUCUGGCAGCGGGCUUGAAUUCCUACAGAUACCACAGCUUCCACUUAGUCAUAUAGGAUACCCACAAGCUCAUGAAUGGAUCGAACAUAGGAAAGCUAAUAUCAGGCCAUGGUCUUUGUUUCUCAACACAAGUAAUAUUAGGCCUCCACCGAGUUUUCCAAGACUAAGUAAAAGAAUCGUGAGAAACAUUGAAUAUUUUCAAAGCAAUUAUUUAUUCGUCUUCAUUGGACUAGUUAUAUAUUGUUUGAUUACAUCGCCACUUUUGCUGCUCGCUGUUGCAGCAAAUCUUGGGACGUGUUACAAAAUCUCCCAACGUCACGCUAAACAGGAACUUAUGAUAUUGAACCAUAAAUUAACAUUAGCUCAAGUAUACAGUUUGGUUGGAAUCUGUUCAUUGCCAAUAUUUUAUUUAGUAGGUGCCGGCGCGGCGCUCUUCUGGGUUCUCGGAGUAUCCUGGUUUUUAAUAACCAUGCACGCGGCAUUCUAUAACAUUGAUUCCGUAUUAUGCCCUGGAGAAGAUGAACUCAAUGCUUUAGUUAUGCAAGAGGUAUGAUUUGUGUGAUAGAAAUUGUAUUACUUAAUGUCUAAACAAAUUAUGAAUAUUAAUGCAUAAAUUGAAAUCUUAUACAAUGUAUAGGGAAUGUAAAAUAUUCUAUGAUUACAUAAAUUCUUAUAUUGAAACAUUUGUAAGAUAUAAUUUCUCUAAAGAACUCGUGUAUUUUAUUAUUAGUAAAUAGCAACAAUAAUGUUAAAUUAUGCACACCAUUAGAACCAAGAUGUCUUUAUACUAUCCAAUUUGUAUGUUAAGACCAAAGAAUAAUUUUGUACUACUGAUAUUUUGCAAAAAAUAAAAUGUUUACGUUUAUAAUCCGAUGUUAAAUAAAAUAUUGGUUUAAAUCUAAAAUCCUAUGUAAACUUGUAUUUAAUCGCAAUCUUAUAUGUAAAUAAAUUGUUAAUUAUACAUUUCAGAUA